AUGAAUUUGGAAAGUUUUAAGGCGCCUUUAGUUGAAAUUUGUGUAAUUUUGGUUCGUGAACGUUUUCCCGAUCUUCUACAACUUGGACACGAUUUGUUUUUACUAUUAUUACGUCUUUCUAGAGUUUCACAAUUUGUGCCUAUAUGGCGUACUUUGUUACACAAUCCAUCUGCUAUGGCCCCUAAAUUUAAUGGUUUACAACAACUUUUGAGCAUUCCAACUUCAAGUGGUCUUUUAUCUCACAGAGUUAGUUUAAGAAUAAGCAGAAAAAUGGCUGAAAUUCUUAAAAAUCAUAUUCGUAUAUCUUCUUUAAAUGCUACAAAUCCUUCAUUGGCAGCACAAUUAAAAUCUGAAUUAAAUAAACAGUUUGAAGCGUUGAAAGCUAUGCAUUUGAGUGGACCUGACAGUGGCAGUAUUCGUGCAGAAAUUAUUAGGCAUGUUUGGGCAUUUAUUGAGCCUAAAGAGUUUAAUCCUCAUUCUAAUGAAGCACGUGCUACACUUCUUGGAUGGUUAUUACGAACAGCUAAGCCUGGCGCAGAACUUCAAUGGUGUAAAUUGUCAUUUUUUUGGGAGUGGUUUGGUUUUGAUCCAUCUAUACCCAAUUCACAUUUGGCUGCUGAACCAGUAAUCUCUACACUUCGACAUUUAUUAAAUACAGGCCAUACUCCUUUGGGAAAUUCACUUGUCGAUUUUUUGAUUAAGGUUUGUUUGGAUUUUUUAAACAUUUAA